AUGGCAGACACGGAGAAGAAUUACUCCCAACACAUCGAGUAUACCAGCAAGGAGGGUGGCAUCAGCCCUCAACCAGCCGAGAUCACAGAGUAUGUCGAGCCUCCGCUCGAGGUCCAGCGUAAGCUCCUUCGCAAGAUCGACCUGCGUAUCCUCCCCGUCAUGGCCCUUCUCUACCUGUUCUCCUUCCUCGACCGCACCAACAUCGGCAACGCCAAAAUCGACGGCCUCGUCGACGAACUCAAACUCACCAACAUGCAAUACAACCUCUGCCUUACCGUCUUCUUCUUCACCUACGCCGCCUUCGAAAUCCCCUCCAACCUGUGUCUCAAGAAAUGGGGUGCAAAGAGGUGGAUUCCGUUUAUUAUGUUUUGGUGGGGUAUUGUAAUGACGUUGAUGAGUCUGUGUCAGUCAUAUGAGGGGUUGUUGGGUGCAAGGUUGGCGCUUGGGUUGGCGGAGGCGGGGUUGUUUCCGGGCGUUACGUAUUACAUGACGACGUGGUACAAGAGGUCCGAGAUUCAGUUCCGUGUUGGUGUCUUCUUCUCGGCUGCCACUAUCGCUGGAGCUUUUGGUGGUCUUUUGGCCUAUGGCAUUGGAAAGAUGGCUGGUCUUGGUGGAUGGGAGCACGGAUGGAGGUGGAUCUUUGCCAUCGAGGGUAUCGCGACUGUCCUCCUCGCCAUCGCCUCUUACUGGAUGAUCUCCGACUCGCCCAUGAAGGCCAAGUACUUGACCCCAUCUGAGGCUCAGAUGCUCGUCGACCGUGUCAAGUAUGAUGGUGUUGCGAUGGCAACGCCCAUGCCUGAGGAAUUCCAGUGGAAGUACGUCGUUGAUGGUAUCUGUGACUGGAAGGUCAUCGCCUCGCUCUUCAUCUACUGGGGAUCCAUCACGCCGCUCUACGGUAUCGCCCUUUUCUUGCCGUCGAUUAUCAAGGGCCUCGGGUAUGCUACCACUACGGCUCAGCUCUUGACCGUCCCAGUCUACACCGCCGCCUGUGUUGGCUGUAUCAUCUUCGCCUACUACUCCGACAGACUCAAGCACCGCUCCUCCUUUAUCAUCGCUGGUUGUGGGUUGUCCUUCCUCGGCUACACCAUCGCAUUCUCCACCCUCAACCCAAACGUCCGCUACUUCUCCAUGUUCCUCGCCGCGAUCGGCUCUUACUCCGGAUUCCCCUCCGUCGUCGCGAUCCUUACCAACAACAUCGGCGGCAAGACCAAGCGUGCUACUGCUAUCGCUAUUCAGAUCGGCGUAGGCGGUAUGGGAGGUACGAUUUCUUCCAAUAUUUUCAGGACGCAGGAUGCGCCGCAUUACAAGUUCGGUUUGGCGAUUUGUAUGGGGUUGAACUGUAUGGGAAUGUUGACUGCGGGUUUGAAUUAUUUGGCGUUGAGGAUUGCGAAUAAGAGGAAGCUUGAGAGGCAGGCGAGGAUUGAGAAUGGGGAGGAAACGUAUACGAAUGAGGAGUUGUCGGCCAUGUGUGAUAGGAGUCCGUACUUUGCUUACACUCUUUAG